AGGCUGCACGCUCAUUUGACGUGUCUAUGUUCAAGAUAAGGCUGUGUACGUUUUAAACCUUCCUGUGAAGUUAAAUAGUCCCUUGCAGAAAAGGCAAUAUCGCUGUCAUGUCCGGGCUUGUUUAUGUUUCAGAAUGACGUCACUGUGCCUGAUCUCUGUUCUCCUCCUUGUGGGGGCCUCAACUCUGGCUGCUGGAGCCAAGAACUAUCAACUAGCGUUGAGCAAGUCCAUCUUAUUCUAUGAGGCUCAGCGCUCUGGCCCCAUCAAUGAUCACAUUAUCCCAUGGCGUCACUCUUCAGCCAUGCAUGACUGCACAGUUGGUGGCUGGUAUGACGCUGGAGAUCACGUAAAGUUUGGACUUCCCAUGGCAGCAUCUACCCAUCUUUUGUUGUGGGGUCUCUAUGAGUUUAAGGAUGGUUAUACGCAGGCGGGCCAACUGAACCAGAUGUACCACAUGGUUAAGACGCCACUGAACUACUUCAAGGCGGCCUGGAAUGCGAAUGCGCAUAAGCUGACUGCUCAGGUGGGAGACGGCGCUGCUGAUCAUGCGUACUGGGGUCGUCCAGAGGACAUGAAAAUGUCUAGACCAUGCAAGUAUAUCGACAACAACACCCCGGGAAGCGACAUUGCUGGAGAAACAGCAGCUUCUCUGGCUCUUGGAUACCUCGUUUUCAAACAAAAAGACCAGAAAUACGCUAACGGUCUCCUGAGUUCAGCUAAGAGCCUGUAUGCCUUUGCCAAAGCUAAACCUGGAGUGUUCACAGGAUCUGGAGAUUACUACCAGUAAGGCAACUCUGAUGACGGCUAUAAAGACGAGAUGUGCCUUGGGGCCGUGUGGCUGUACCGUGCAACCAAAGAUUCUAAGUAUCUGAAUGAUGCUAAGAGCUUCUAUGAGGCCGGAGUUCCAUGGGCCUUGAGCUGGGCCGAAAAGAAAGCAGCCUGCCAGGAGAAUGUUUUAUUUGCCAAUGCUGCAUUCCUGGCUUUGCUGGCUGCUAAGGAAAACAUCAACCCAACCCCUUUCAGGAAGUUUGCUGUGGAGCAGAUCAACUACAUUCUCGGAGACAACAAAAUCAAGGGUGGAUGCUUCAGCUUCGAGAUCGGUUACGGUUCCAAAUAUCCGCUUAAACCUCACCACAGGGGAGCAUCCUGCCCCACUCACGGACCAUGCAACACCUCGAAUAGAGACAGCCCUGGCAACAGCCCACAAAUUCUCCAAGGUGGGGUCGUAGGGGGUCCUGACCUUCAAAACGGUUACGAAGAUGCAAGGAAUGACCACAAGCACAACGAGGUAGCCACAGACUACAACUCCGGAUUCCAGGGAGCUUUGGCUGGUAUUGUCACCCUGCAAAAACAACACCAAAUGCCAAGCGUACGCACUGACUAUUUGCAAUACUCAAAGGCCACACUGUGCCCUGUUGUGGCCUGUAUCCAGGAGACAAAGUUCACCAUGGCUUCAGCCAUAGACUUAAUAGGUUUUGCUGAGCAUCAUCCAAUUCACAAUGACAACCAGAUUGCUUCCUGUGGAAUCACCCUCUACAUCCACAACAAGACACUCCAUAGACAAAUAUACCUUAAUUUGCAAUACUCAAAGGCCACACUGUGCCCUGUUGUGGCCUGUAUCCAGGAGACAAAGUUCACCAUGGCUUCAGCCAUAGACUUAAUAGGUUUUGCUGAGCAUCAUCCAAUUCACAAUGACAACCAGAUUGCUUCCUGUGGAAUCACCCUCUACAUCCACAACAAGACACUCCAUAGACAAAUAUACCUUAGUAUGACCCUCAAGGCUAUUGUUGUACGGGUCACACUGCACACACCAAUCAAAAACUGCUCCAUUUCUGUUUAG